CAGCCACCCACUCCAUCCAGGUCCACCCCUCUUUUUCUCUCGUGGACAUAGACUAGCCGGUGGGAGAGAGAUGAUGUCGGUGGGUCUAUCAUACGGCGAGGAUGGCUCCGUCAAGAUGGCAGAGAGCGCGAGCCUGGUCCACGGAAACCUAGCCGUCCUGCAGGGACUCGAAGAAGGUGGUUUGGCGUACGGCCUCGUCAGUCGAAACGUCGCCGCCAUAACGUACGCCUCGUCCACUGGCGCUAUCGCGUCGGAGAGCGUCGGCUUCCCGGGAUCCCAGGAAGACGUCUCUUCCAGAACUCUCACCGGCAUGGAGUGGUGUAGACUAAAGUCUUCUCGAGUUGUGCUGGUUCUCACCUCAUACAGAGGAUUCAGGAUUUCCAACUGGAACGGGCAGGAAGUGGCCUAUGAAAACAUAUUUGAGACGGGGAGAGGAGCGUAUGAGCAGCGCUUUGCAAGGGGAAUAGCUACAGUGGACAACGUUGUGUGUGUGGGUACUUCAGAGGGUAACAUUACUGUCCUCUACGUCCCUCCCACUGGGUGUGAUGUGGUCUUCAGUCGCCAUCUCCAAGGACACUCUGCUCCCAUCACUGCUCUCUGUCCCUGCACCCUCAACCAGGUUGCCAGCAGCGACGAGUCGGGAAUGAUAAUUGUGUGGUCAAACCCUGUAAUCAGUGCAGAAAGCAGAUUCGUCAUUAACGAACCGGGGUCGUUCCCGUGCCAGUGUCUUUGUCACUGGAGAGGGAUCCUGGUGGCCGGGUUCUCCAGUGGAACUAUCAGACUCUAUAACACCGAGACGGGCCGCAAGACGGCGGAGAUAGCUGCCCACGGUCGCUCCGUCACCGCACUCGACACUGCACAGGACUCCGGACUGCUACUGUCAGUCUCCGAGGACUGCACGGCCAGCGUGUGGCGGCUUACCGAGGAAACAAGUCCAAAGGUGACUCAUCUCUGCAGACUGAGUGUUGGGGACCAUCUGCUGUGUGGAGGGAGGUUCUGUGACCCUCUCGGAGACACUCUGGCUCUGGCUGCCUUCGACUCCCGCGCCGUUCUCACCUACAGGAGACAGUUGCAGCUUCCUCACCGCCAGCCCCCAGACCAUCCGCAAACAUGAACACAAGCCGAUGGCAAACCGAUCUCUUAUUACCAAUUACCAUUACUGUCCUAAUUAAAAAGCAAACUAAUAUCUAUUUAUUUUUACCGAGAAUGGGUCCUACAGCUCAAUACAAUUUU